AUUAGAAUUAAAAUACUUAUUUGAUCAUCAUGAUGUGUACUAUAUAUACAGUAAACUAUUCUUGGAUGACUAUAGUGUAUGGAUUCAGCAUUCAAAGUAAUGUAAAUCAAUUCUAUUUACAUGAAGCAUAUAUCAAACAUUUUUUUUUUUUUUUUUAGCGAAAACGUGUUGAGAACUUUAGCACAUGAACUUCAUCAUUUUAAAGUGAAUAAAAGUGAUUUAGGCUGGGAUUUAAACGAGUUGGAACAGAUAGCUGAACAUAUGAAAACAAUGGAAGAAGAUAGUAAUGAACAGGAUAUGCAAAGAGCAGAGUUAAUACUCUAAAUUAGAUUAUAUAUGUAUUAUGUUCAUCUGCUU